GAGCGGAGCAGAUUCAAGGAACUGUCAAACUGGAGGUGCUGACCAAAGUGUCAAGACCCACUAUGGCCUGCCCCACAGAAAACGUAAUAGAAGGUAAAACCUCUGUGAACCUAACCUGCAAUGCUGACGGCUUGAGUGUGGAUGAAAGACGGCCGACCUUUGGUUUCUGGAGAGAGAUUCAGCUUUUACGACAGCAACAGAGUGUUGUCUAUCAGCCCUGUCGACAGGAGAGACACUGGAGAGAUUCUUUGUAAUGUCAGCAAUGAUUUCAGUUUUGAUACAGCUAACUGCAGACUGAAAGUCUAUUAUGGACCUGACAAACCAACAAUCAUUCAGAGGCCAAUAGGAGCAGAACUUGAAGAGAGUGUCACUCUUAGCUGCUCUGCUGACUCCCUACCAAAGGCAACUUUCUUCUGGACGUUCAAACACAUGAAGAUGUACGGGCCCCUGCACUACAUCCAUGAGAUGGAAGAGAUGCACCUGGGGAGCUACACCUGUACCGCCCAAAAUGCUGUCACUGGUUUAGAAACCUCUGCGCUCCACACACUGCGUGACUCAUCUACUCCCAUCAUUGGUUCUAUGUCUAUGAUGGUUUGCACCGUCCUGACGUUGAUGGAGCUAAUUUUAGUCUAAAGACUAAGAAUAAGUGUGUGUGUUUUAGAUCAUUCUCUGAGUUCAGCAUUGUUGAUAAAUGUUAUGUUCAUGUAAAAUAAAGCUGUGAAUGAU